AUGCACAUGCAACUCCUCCACAACAACAAAGUCGUAAUCUUUGACCGUACUGACUAUGGACCUUCCAAUCUUCUUCUCCCUCCUCAAACCUGUCAAAACGCCACCGUUUUCGACUGCUCUGCUCAUUCUCUACUAUACGACGUCGCUUCCAACACAUUCCGCCCACUUACUCUCCGUUACGACACGUGGUGCUCCUCCGGUUCCUUAAACGCCUCCGGUUCAUUGAUCCAAACCGGCGGUUACGGCGUCGGCGAAAAAGCCGUACGGAUAUUCACACCUUGCGACGGCGGAGCAAGCGUCUCUUGCGAUUGGGUUGAGAACAGAGCGUAUCUUUCUUCCCGCCGGUGGUAUUCAACCAAUCAGAUUCUUCCCGAUGGUCGGAUUAUCAUCGUCGGAGGAAGAAGAGCUUUCACCUACGAGUUUUACCCUAAAAACCCAGGAAAGUCCGUUUUCAAUCUCAGUUUCUUGGCCGAGACGAGAGAUUCGAACGAAGAAAACAAUCUUUAUCCGUUUCUUCAUCUUCUCCCCGACGGGAAUCUGUUCAUCUUCGCGAAUCGGAGAUCGAUUCUGUUCGAUUUCGUCAAUCACAGAAUCGUCAAGGAGUUUCCAGAGAUUCCCGGCGGCGAUAAACGGAAUUACCCAAGCACUGGCUCCUCCGUGCUCCUCCCUAUCUUCCUCACCGGAGAAAACAACCGAUCGAAGACAGCGGCUGAGGUUAUGGUAUGCGGCGGUGCUCCGCCGGGAGCGUUUCUGAAGGCGGCGAGGACGGUCCCUAAACUCUUCGUCGGAGCUUCUCGCACGUGCGGGAGAUUGAAAGUGACAGACCCGAAUCCGAAAUGGGUCAUGGAGCAGAUGCCGUCGCCACGUGUCAUGCCUGAUAUGAUACUGUUACCAGACUGUAACGUUUUGAUCAUUAACGGUGCUGCUAACGGAACCGCUGGUUGGGAAGACGCAACAAACGCUGUUUUAAACCCCAUUUUGUACUUACCCGACGAACCCGACCCGACCCGGCGAUUCGAAAUUCUCGCCCCGGCUCGGAUCCCUAGAAUGUACCAUUCCGCCUCUCUCCUUCUCUCCGACGGGAGAGUUUUAGUCGGAGGAAGCAAUCCUCACCGGAAUUAUAAUUUCACGGCGAGGCCAUACCCGACGGAGCUCAGCCUCGAGGCGUAUCUCCCGCGUUACCUAGAUCCACAGUACGCGCGAGUGAGACCGUCGAUUCUCACGGUGGAGCUCGCCGGAAACAUGCUCUACGGUAAGAAUUUUACCGUUACGUUCGUGAUUCCGGCGUACGGGAUGUUCGACGGAGGAGUGUCGGUGCGGCUCGUGGCUCCGUCGUUCAGCACGCACUCGACGGCGAUGAACCAGAGGUUGUUGGUGCUGCGCGUGAGGCGCGUGGCUCAGUUAUCUGUUUUCGCGUAUAAAGCUGACGUGGAUGGGCCUACAAAUUCCUACGUGGCACCUCCUGGGUAUUACAUGAUGUUCUUGGUUCAUCGUGGAAUUCCGAGUGUUGCUGUUUGGGUUAAAGUUUAA